AUGGCCAUCUCCGCCUCAUCCUCGGCCGCUGCUCCUCCGCCCCGCCUCCUCCCGCCCCAACCCCGCUCCCUCCCGCCGCCGCCGCCGCCUCCCACCCAUGGCCCCGCCUCGCCGCCGCGACUCCACAUCCGCGCGCUCGCCGCCGUGGCGUCUGCCGACCCCCGCGCGGCGCACGCGCUGGCCGCCAAGUCGGGCGCGGCCGAGGGCGACGCCCGCGUCGCGAACGCCGUCAUGUGCGGGUACCUCCGCGCGGGCGCGCUGGCGGAGGCGCGGGAGGUGUUCGAGAGGAUGCCCGCCCGCGACGCCGCCUCCUACAGCGCGCUCAUCUCGGGCCACGCGCGCCUCGGCUCCCCGGCCGCCGCCGGGGCGGAGCUGUUCGGGCGCAUGCGGCUCGCGGGGCUUGCGCCCACCGAGUACACCUUCGUGGGCCUCCUCACCGCCUGCGCCCGACGGGGCAACCCGCGGCUCGGGUCCCAGGUGCACGCGCUGGCCGUCAAGGGCGGCAGCGACGGCUCGCUCCUCGUCGACAACGCGCUCCUCGGGAUGUACGUCAAGGGCGGCCGCUUCGUCGACGCGCUGAGGGUGUUCGACGGGAUGGAGCGGCGCGACGUCUCGUCGUGGAACACGGUCCUGUCCGGCCUGGUCGAGCUGGGGAGGUACGACGAGGCGUUCGAGCUGUUCGGGGACAUGCGGGACAGCGGCGUUGCGGCUGACAGGUUCUCGCUGUCGCCGCUCUUGGCUGCAGCCGCCGAGGGGUUCGGCCUGCAGGAGGGCGCGGCGGUGCACGCGUUGUCGCUCAAGUCCGGGCUGGAGAUGGAUUUGAGCGUUGGCAACGCGCUCAUCGGGUUCUAUGCCGAGCAUGGUGAUUCCGUUGAGGAUGCGGUGGAUGUGUUUCAGAGGAUGCCGGUGAAGGACGUGGUUUCGUGGACCGGAUUACUCCAUGGGUACAUGGAAUUUGGCCUAGUUGACAUGGCUCUAGAUGUGUUUGAUCGAAUGCCUGAGAGGAAUUUUGUCACCUACAAUGCGGUUCUGACUGGGUUUUGCCAGAACAAGGAAGGUGUCCGAGUUACCUUUGCUAGAAAGUCAGGGCUGCGAGGACUGGGGUUGUUCAGGCAGAUGGUGGAGGAUGGAUUGGAGAUCUCAGAUGUAACUGUAACAGGUGUUCUAAAUGCUUGUGCUAUUGCUGCGGACAGGAAGAUGAGCGAGCAGGUUCACACAUUCGUGAUUAAGUGUGGCUGCAGCUCAACUCCUUGGAUUGAUGCUGCAUUGAUAGACAUGUGCAUCAAAUGUGGCAGGUCUGGAGAUGCACACCUUCUGUUUGAGCAGUGGCGCCAUGAGGAGAGUCUUCACAUUGCUUGGAAUUCUUUGCUAGUGGCAAGUUUCAAAGACGGGGAGUAUGAGAAAGCAAUUUCCACUUUCCUAAAGAUGUUUAGAAGCAAUGAUGUUCAGUUCAUUGAUGAAUUCAUCUUGACUACUGUUCUUGGAGUAUGUGGAGCCUUAGGUUUUGCUGAACUUGGAAAGCAAAUGCAUUCCUUCGCUGCGAAGUCUGGGUUUCUGAGUGCUCAGGGAGUUGGUAAUGCGAUCAUUAGUAUGUAUGGCAAGUGUGGGGCACUGGAAACUGCAGUUGAUGUGUUUAAGCGAAUGCCUUGUAGAGACUUGGUUUCAUGGAAUGCUCUGAUCACUUCUCAUCUUCUUCAUCGCCAGGGAGACGAGAUACUGGAGUUGUGGUCUCAGAUAGAGAGAUUACCUAUCAAACCUGAUUCUAUUACCUUUCUUCUAGUCAUAUCAUCUUGCAGCUACACAAGCUCAAACUCUACUGAUAAAUGCAGGGAGCUAUUCCUUUCUAUGUCAAGCACACAUGGCAUCAAACCGUCUGUUGAGCACUAUGCAGCGUUUGUUUAUGUCCUUGGGUGCUGGGGUCAUUUUGAGGAGGCAGAGCAGCUUAUCGGUAAAAUGCCGCUCAAGCCUAGUGUAUUGGUUUGGAGAUCCUUGCUAGAUAGCUGUAACAGGCGACCCAACAUGACCAUGCGGAGGUUAGCAAUGAAGCAUCUACUUGCGUUGGAACCACAGGAUCCAUCCACAUAUGUCCUGACAUCAAAUCUCUACUCAGAAUCAGCAAGAUGGCAGAGCUCUGAGAGCACAAGGCUGAAGAUGCGUGAAAUGGGUAUGCGAAAGAUUCCAGCAAAGAGCUGGACCUUUCAUGGCAAUUCCAUUCACUCAUUUUUCGCGCGGGAUAGGUCACACCCCCAGUCCAAGGACAUCUAUGCUGGUCUGGACGUGCUAAUCCUUGACUGCAUGAAGGCUGGAUAUGAACCAGACACCACCUUCGUGCUACACGAUGUCGAGGAAUACCAGAAGAGGCACUUCCUGAUGUACCACAGCGUGAAGCUAGCUGCCAUGUAUGGCCUUCUAAUGACAGGACAUGGCGAAACCAUCCGUGUCGUGAAGAACAUCCGCAUGUGUGGUGAUUGCCACUCGUUCAUGGAGUACACUUCUGCAGCCACCGGUAAAGAGAUUUUGGUCAGAGACUCGGGUGGGUUUCAUAUUUUCCGUGGAGGGAAAUGUUCUUGUAGAGAAUAA